AUGCCACAGGACCCGAAUCUAUACGGACAACGUCCUACUAAAAAGCCGAAGCGUGAUGCAACAUUAUCUACUUCGCUUGAUUUCACUGCUCAAUUGACAUCAUUGAUGUCAAACUCCUCAUCAGGCGCGACAUCAGCUGGCCGGUCUCGCUCUCAAAAAGAAGGCAAAGAUGACAUAUUCAAAGGCUCAAAACCCAAACGAAGCAAGGAGUCUGAUGGAUCAAAAAAGCUGCAAUUAAAGGAGGUUACUGGCACAGAGGAAGAAACUCAAGAGUUGGCACGCGCCAAGCGACGAAUGGAGGAAAAGGCACGUCUUUACGCAGCGAUGAAGCGAGGAGAUUAUGUUGCCAAAGAGAAUGAAGCCGCGCCGCUAAUAGACUUUGAUCGAAAAUGGGCGGAAGGAGAGGAGACAAAGGAAGACUAUGAGACGAGCAGCGAUGAAGAUAACGAUGAGGAAAGCAGCCAGAUGGUCGAGUAUGAGGAUGAGUUUGGUCGCGUACGGCAAGUCACCAAAGCAGAAAAGGAAAAGUUGGAUCGCAGAGCGCGACGCGGUCUAUUGGGAGCCGAAGAACUCGAACGCAUGUCGGCAAGACCCAGCGCGCCGGGCAACCUCAUCGUGGGAGACACAAUACAAUCUAUGGCUUUCAACCCCGACGACCCGAACAAGAUGGAAGAGCUGGCGCGGAAGCGAGACCGCAGCGCAACACCACCGCCAGCGCAGCACUACGACGCAGAUUGGGAAAUUCGGACCAAGGGAACAGGCUUUUACAAGUUUAGUCAAGACGAUGAGACCCGAACAACGGAGAUGGAGGGGCUCGCGGAAGAGCGGCGUAAGACGGAGGAACAGCGACGGGUGCGUGAGGAACAGAAGGAGGCUAGAAGACGGGAAAUUGAGAAGCGAAGGGAGGAAAUGGCAACUCGGAGAGCCAAGAAGCAGGCUGAUUCAUUCUUGGAUAGGCUGGACUGA